AUGGAUGAUGACGAGGAUGUUCCGAGAGAAAAUUGGGUGCACGGGGAAGUAUACAUUGACGACAUGGUGGUAAAGAGCAAAAGGGAGUCACAACACACAGAAGACCUCCGGGGAGUAUUUGAGAUACUCCGGAAGCACAAGCUGCGCUUGAACGCCGAGAAGUAUACUUUCGGUGUGGAGGCUGGAAAGUUCUUGGGUUAUCUGAUUUCUACUCGGGGGAUAAAAGCCAAUCCCGACCAGAUAAACGCCGUGACCGCCGAGCAAUCCGAAGGAAGUACAGGUGCUAACCGGGAUCUUCUGAAGAAGUGGAAGGAGUUUCAUUGGGACGAGGAAUGCGACAAGGCCUUUCGAGAACUGAAGGAGUACUUGGCAAAAGCACCCAUGUUAAUAGCCCCGGAGUCCGGGGAGGAUUUGUUUAUGUACCUCUCAGUGUUUGACCAUGUCGUGAGUGCUGUGUUACUAAGGGACCAAGGAGUACAGCAGCCUGUGUAUUACAUAAGCAAAACCUUAGUAGAUGCCGAGAUGAGAUACCUGCCCCUUGAGAAGCUAGUUUUGGCACUAGUGCACGCCACGAGGAAGUUGCCACAUUACUUUCAGGCUCAUACGGUAUUCAUCCUCAUCGAGUAUCUCCUGCAGUCGUUGCUAAAGAGAUCGGACUUCACGGGCCGAAUAGCCAAAUGGGGAACUCGUUUGGGUUCGUUCGACAUAAGGUACCGACCGCGAAACUCGGUAAAGGGACAGGUUCUGGCUGACUUCAUUGCAGAAUUCACCCCCAAGAGCGACGGGAAGAUAAUAUGUAAUGCGGAGUGCCGUCCGUGGAAAGUGUUUGUAGACGGCGCUUCGAAUGCUAUGGGGGCCGGAGCUGGUAUUGUCAUAAUCACCUCGGAGGGCAUACGAUUAGAACACUCCUUCAGAUUAGGAUUCAAAGCCUUAAACAACGAAGCCGAGUACGAGGCCUUCCUGGCCGGGUUGAGGGCCGUAUUGUGUUUAGGCGCGAAAGAUGUUGAAACUUAUUCGGACUCUCGGCUGGUGGUUUAUCAAAUAUUGGGAAGCUUCGAAGCUCGGGACUCUCGGAUGAAAGCCUAUCUGAGUGCAGCCAAGCAGAGCAUUGGACGGUUCAGGACAAUGAAGGUAGCCCAAGUAGGUCGGGCACAGAACAGACAUGCCGACUCGCUUGCCACGUUGGCUUCAUCCUCAACCGAGAACAUACCUCGGUUGGUCAAGAUAGAGCUUAUAAGGGAGUCAAGCAUCGAGGUGAAAAGUGAUGACAACCUGACUAGGGUUGAAGUUGCCAUGAUGUCGAUGGCAAAUCCGUGUUGGAUGAACCCGAUCAUAGACUUCAUAGCCGAGGAUAAAGUUUCGGAUGAUGAAAAGGAGGCCAAAAAGAUUCAUCGGGUGGCUUCCCGGUACUGGUUGUUGGCAGAUCGCAAGUUGUACCGGAGGUCUUUCGCAGGCCCUUACCUUUUAUGUCUACAUCCUGAGAAAGUGAACGAACUUUUGACCGAGCUUCAUGAGGGACCGGCAGGACGUCUAAACCCCAUCAGCAGCCCAUGGCCAUUCGCACAAUGGGGGCUAGACAUCCUCGGCCCGUUUCCCCGAGCAACAGGUAACCGCCGUUUUGUAUUAGUGGCUGUGGAUUACUUCACGAAAUGGGCGGAAGCCGAGGCCUUGGCCAACAUUCGGGAUAUCGACGUGAAAAAGUUUGUGUGGAAAAACAUAGUCAUAAGGUUUGGGGUACCGAACUCACUAGUAUCAGAUAACGGGCUACAGUUCGAUAGCAAAGCUUUCCGAGCCUUCUGCAGCGAUCUCGGUAUUAAGAACAAGUACUCAACCCCGGCAUACCCUCAAAGCAACGGCCAAGCUGAGGCAGUAAACAAGACGAUUUUGAACGGGUUGAAGAGGAGGUUGGACGGGGCAAAGGGAAGAUGGGUUGAAGAGCUGCCUAACGUUUUAUGGGCUUACCGUAUGACUCCCAGAAGAUCCACGGGUGAGACCCCUUUCUCUUUGACAUAUGGGGCGGAGGUCGUAAUACCAACCGAGGUGAGCUUGUGCAGUGCACGGGUUGUAGGAUUUGACCUUGCCCAGAACGCCGACCUGAUGAUGGAGCGCUUGGACUGGUUAGAAGAAUGCCGAGAGGCCGUAACCAUACGGCUCGCGGAGUACCGACAGAAACUGUCCCAGAGAUAUAACCAAAAUGUAAAGGGGAGGGAAUUCAGUGCUGGGGAACUGGUUCUAAGGAGGGUUAUGGGAAACAUGCAAGAUGUAGCUGCCGGGAAGCUUGCUCAAACAUGGGAAGGGCCGUACAGGAUUAUCGCCAUCGCUGGCGUAGGGGCUUACUACCUGGAAGAUCUUGACGAGAGGGCGCUCCCCCGGCCAUGGAAUGCUCACAAUUUAAAGAAGUUCUACCUGUGA